AUGGCGCGCGCGAUCCCAACGGAAGAGCCGAACCCCGGGCUCCACCCGCACCCCCUGCCUUCCCCCGGCGUCUCUGGGCAGCCGGCGGCGGUGGAUGGGUCGCUCACCGAAAGCGCCGAGGACGAUCAGGCCGCACUUACCGAAAAAGGCCGCACUUACCAAGGACGCAAGAGCGCGAAAGAACGCUAUCCCACAAUGCACCGGGUCUCGGGACUAAGUUACCCAGCAUUCCCGGGCGCGCGAGGUGCCUCGGGCUCCCGCCGACCCCCCACCCGCGCCCCCGCCCCCGCCCCGUUGGACCAGGCCCCGGGCGCCUUCGGCGGAGGGUUAUGGCGCGAGCGCGGGGAGGAAGAAGGGGGCGGGGAGGCGCACGGGGCCUCGGCGGCCGACAUGGUCAGCUACGCAGACGCCGCAGACAUAGGCGUGUGUGCAGCCUCGCCUCCCCGAGCUGACACGGAGCUGACGUGCACCGGGUGCCCAGGCCCCGGUGCAGACGCCCCUCAAAGGGCUCCAGCAGGAAGUCGUCAUCAGCGCCCCGCCCCCGCCGGAGCCACCGUUAGGGACCCGCCCUCGAGGCUCAACCGCUUGCGCAUGCGCACGUCUCCCGCGGUGAAGCGCGCGGUGGGGGACCGCAACGGAUCCUGGGAGCCGUUGGAGGGCGGUGAACUCGCGCUCGCGAGCCCCGCCCCGCCUGCUCAGUGGGCGUGCGCAUGCGCAGGCUGCCGCGCGGGGAGGGGCGGGGCAGGUCUGGAAGGAGGCCCGGGCGGCCUCUUGGAGAAGGCGAACAAAGAGGCGAUGGUGUCCCGGAUGCUCCUUGUGCUACGCGAGCACUCAGCUCCGGUGCUGGGACCAGAUGAAACCAUGAACCUUGCGGCCUCUGGGACUCCAUUCAGGACUCUGCCUUUUGCCCCUGCUGCCCCCCUCCACCCACCACCCUGGGAGCAGCCCCCAAUCCAACUCAGGGCCCAGGCCUGCCCUGCUGGCAGUCCUCUGAUGCUGAUGGCCUUCCCCAGGGCACCUCUGGUGGCAGGAGAGGCUGGCCAUGGCCCCCAGGGGACAGGCCCUUGCAAUGUCCUGAUGCAUAUUGGGAAAGAGGGGGAGCCGGUGGAGCCACCCCAGUUUCACACUGUGCCCCUAAAAAAGACUCCACUGCACAGCAGUGCUCCAGGGGGCCUCCCUGGGAGAGCUGACUGUCCUGUGGGCUCUGUGGCAGAGGCCACAAUGCCCACUCCAGCUCUGAGGGAGACCCUGGCUGGCAAGGGAAGCUGGGCACCAGGUCUUCCACCCCGAGCUCCAGCUACACCUGCCUCUGCCCCGCUGACCCCCAUCACCCUCUCAGUGAAGGCUGUGCCUCAGCCACAGGGGCCUUGCGGGAUGGGUGGCCUGACCAUCUGGCAGCACACAGCCCCACCCGAGGACUCCUGUCACCCCAAGAGUGUGUAUGAGAACUUCCGGCGCUGGCAGCACUUCAAGUCCCUGGCCCGCAACUACCUGCCCCGGAGUCCAGACACAGAAGCACUUUCCUGUUUCCUCAUCCCAGUGCUUCGGUCCCUGGCCCGCCUGAAGCCCACCAUGACGCUGGAGGAGGGCCUGAGGAGGGCCCUGCAUGAAUGGCAGGGCAAGAGCAACUUUGACCGGAUGAUCUUCUAUGACAUGGCUGCAAAGUUCAUGGAGUUUGAGGCCGAAGAGGAGAUGCAAAUUCAGAAGCUGCAGUGGCUAAAGGGGCUGCGGGCUCCCCCACCCCAGGCCCCACCCAAACUGGACACUCAGGCUUCCACUGCUCAGCGGGAGGGCUACCAGCCAGCCCCCAAACCUCAAAAGAUUGGGCGAUUCAGUGACCUCAAGUUCCUUGUCCUGAAACCUCAACCUGGCCCUCCUAGAUGCCCCCUCAGCUCUCCUGCCCCUCCUGUGCUUGGGGCUCAGGAGUCUGAGCAGCUGCACCCCUUGUGCACCCCCAGGAAGGCUGCUGGCCUCAAGGCCCGGGCAGCCCACACAAGGCCACACAAACCUCAGUGUCCCCCCAAGACCAAGGCGCCCAAGGAGAUCCCUGUAGAGGCCGUGCAGGAGUAUAUGGCCAUCAUGGAGGGGCUGCUGGGCAGCCCCCACUCAGCCUCAGGGGAGCCCCAAGGAGAGCAGGAAGGGGCUGGGCAGGAGCAGCUGGAGCACAACUGGCCCUGGCCUGACCCGGCACUCCUGGACUACAUGGACGCGCUGUGCUCCCAGGAGGACUUCAUCACCAAGGUGGAGGCGGUCAUUCACCCCCGCUUCCUGACAGAGCUGCUCUCCUCAGAGCCAGAGCUGGACCUCGAAGCCCUGGCUGAGGAGCUGGAGCAGGAGGCAGGGCUCAGCCCCUCACAGCUGGUGGACAAGAGACUCCUGGCCAUGAAGGAGAAGGGCCGUGUGCAGGCACCUGUGAGCAACAGCAGAGCCCAGAUGGCCUCACGUCCUCCCCAUCCUGACACCAGCCAGGAUGCCCUGAGAUGUGAGCAAGGCCCCCAGGCAGGGGUCAGCGGCCGUGCCAGGGCCCCGGACAUGGAGCAUGAAGCUCCGGGGAGGUGCGGCCAUGCACAAGCACAGCUCCCUGGGCACCGGGCCUUGGCCCUCUCCCCAGGAGGACAGGAGCCCUCUCCACCCAGAGCUGGACAGCACCCCUCCCCACACCAGGGGUGCAGAGGUCCUCUCCAGAGACCUGGCAGCCGGGACACCUGCUUUCAGGGGGAGACCACUCCUGCGGGCAGGCUGCAGGGGCCCACAGAUGUGUCCAGUGAGGAGGAGGAGGAGCUCCCCAGCCUGGCCUUCCUCCUGGCCUCUCAUCACAGCCUGCUGCCCUGGGGGCUGGCCCUGAGUCCUGGAGCUUGGGGGACUCCCCAGUCCCCACCCCAGAAGAGGAGGCUCCUCAACACGAUGCCCCCUCCUGCUGCCAAGGCGAGGAAGCACCCUCUGUGCAGCAGCCCAGGCUCUGAUGAGCAGGCGCCCCUCUCUGGGAGUGGGAGGCCUUCCCUGGCACUGGGGCUGCUUGGCCCCUCAGCCCCUAAGAAGAAGCGGUGCCUCCCUUUAGUAGCAGAGGGGAUGCAGCAGCACAGCAGCCAGUAGGGAGCCCCAGGGCCCCUCCUCAGCCAGCCCUGGAGA